CUCCAAGUCUACUUCAAUCCUAAAUAAACCCAUCACAACAUAAUACAUAUAACAUCUAUUAACAAAGAUGUCAAGCAUAUUAAGUUAUAAUUAAUUUAACCGACACAUCAAACAAAUUUUUUAUAUACUAUAUUGCACUUUCUUCCUCCCUAGCUUGCUGCUAUGUUGGACUUAUUUGUUUCCACAUUGUCCUUCAUUUCGCCCAUAAAUAUAUUCAGAGAGCUAGGCCACAGAUCACCAUAUCAACUCAUAAACAAGAGUCUCUCUUUCUCUCUGCUAGUGUGUAGAAACCAGGAUAGAAAGAAGAUGGAGCCUGAGAUACUUGAGCCGUCUUGGUCAUUCUAUGAAAACAUAAGCUCAACUUUUGACCAUGAUGAGUCUUUUGACUUCAAUAUUGACACUCCUUUGUUCACUACUUCAGAGGAUACUUGUUCUGAGAUUACCUCCAUCGUUCCCUUUCCUUCCACCAUCUUCUCCAAUGAUCAUGUCUAUUACCCAAUUGAUCAGGACAUCCUUCAAUUCCCAUCGUUGGUGGAUGAUUUCUUCAUGGAUCUUGAUGCUUUUGAUCUCCCUUUGAGUUCUCAGUGUCAGGGUAUCCAUAUCUUUCCAUCACAUAACUUGUGUUCUGAGAAAGAAGAUGCUUGGAGUCCAACCCCAUCCAUGCAAUCGGACAUGUCUACAGCAGUACAAGCACAAUCAUCACUGAUCAUACCAGAGGAAGACAUGGAGAUGGAGAACCAGUUGAGUCUUCCUCAUCUUCUGGAAGCCGUUGGAGAAGCCUUAGAGCAAGGACAGAACACACUCGCCCAAGUGAUUCUGAGAUGCAUCAGCCACAAAGUAAGCCCUCUAGGUGAUCCUCUUGAGCGUCUCUCAUUCAAUUUGUCCCAAAAUCAUGAUACUUCAGAACAAGGGACUUUCCUCAAACAGGAGGCGCGCAAGAACUUCCACAACGCUUUCAAGGCAAUCUACCAAGGCCUCCCACAAGGCAGAAUCGCGCAUUUUGCAGCCAAUUCAGCAAUUUUAGAAUCCAUUCCAGAGGAUUCAGAAGUCAUACACAUAAUAGACUUCGAUAUGGGAGAAGGGGUUCAAUGGCCUCCACUAAUGGAGACUAUUGCUCAUCAACAUAAAACAUUGAAAUUAACGUCAAUCGAAUGGGAAGAAGAGGAUAGUCUUGAUACCCAUUUUGUUUCAACCCAAUGGAAAUUUGAAGAAAUCAGACAGAACCUGUACGAGCAUGGCAAGUCAUGUGGUUUGAAGUUGAAGGUGGAGGAACAGAGUAUCGAGGAAUUGGUGACGGAGCUCAAGAAAUUGAACAAAAGGGGUAGAAAUGGAAAUGGAAAGCGAAAUUUCGUGGCCUUCAAUUGCAUGGUGGGUCUUCCACAUAUGGGGAGGGUCAGAAGCAGAAGACAGGUGUUGGAAUUUCUGAGGGUAGCAAAGGAUUUCAUCAAACGCUCAUCUUCCAACAGGGGAAUCAUAACUUUGGGUGAUGGAGAAGCCUGUGAGAAACUGAGAAACAGUACCAACUUCAGGUCAUUCUUUAGUGGCCAUUUGGUGCAUUACCAUGCUUUGUUAGAAUCGAUAGAAUCAAAUUUCCCAAUUCAAUUCUCAGAGGCAAGAUCAACAAUGGAGAGUCUAUUCGUGGCACCAUGCAUAUCGUGCGAGGAUUGGUUGCAGAAAUGGGAGAUGAGAGAUGAUCGGACUCUUCAAUCAGAAACAGAGUUAGAGGGUCGAAGCUUGAGGGAAGAGACAUUAAUGGAGGUUGGAGAAAUGCUGAGAGGAAUCGAAGGUUCGUAUAAGGUCAAGAUUGAAGGCAAUAAUGGCAAUGAAAUGGUUUUGGAAUGGGAAGGAACGCAGCUUCUAAGAAUUUCGAAGUGGGGAAAUUAAAGCUCAAGGCCAGAGCAACAACUAGUUUUUCCUGCAUUUUUUUUCAGCUUAUAUUUAUAAGUCCUGAUUUAAUUUGUAAAGAUUAAUUAUUCAAAUUUGUAUCUUAACCAAAAAUAUAUUGAAAUUCUGAUUAUUCUUCCUGCAAGGAAAAUUUGAUUAUAU